CGCCCUGACUGCCGUGGAGGGUAUACGUCUCGCUCCGCUCUCAUCACGCACACAGAAAAAUCAUCCUGUCGUGUUGGAGGUGAGAUUCUGCUGGUCUUCCCUGCCAGCGAAGUGCAAGUCGGUAUUCGUGGAGGCGCUGGAUGGUAGUGGAGAGCGAGGGACACUGCCCUGCCCAGGAUACCUGAUCAACCUGGCUGAUUCACACGGCAGACUGCGACCAGCCGCCUCCAACAGUGUGGUUGACCAGGUCUAUAACCGGGAGGCCUGGUUGAGGACCGGGCCGCUGGGACCUUGACCCCAGGAAUCAACGCAAGGUAACGCUAAGGUUUUGGAAGGAUGACGGCGGCUGAGGGAGUGGUGUUGCGGUGGACGGGUCCCGGCACGUCUCCCGUGGACUGGUGUGAAGGCAACUACACGGUGACGCCGCACAUCGCAGAGUUCGUCAACACGGUCACCAACGUUGUCUUCCUGCUGGUGCCCGCCGCCUGCACCAAGCUCUGGGCCAGCUACGCGCGGCACGUUUCUCGCGGUAUACACGUUGUGUGGGUGUUCUUCGUGGUGAUAGGCCUGUCCUCGGCCUACUUCCACGCUACUCUCUCCCUCCUGGGACAACUGCUGGACGAACUCUCCAUCUUGUGGGUGUUGAUGGUCUCCUAUACACUCUUCACGCCCAUCCGCUACCGCCCCAAGUUCCUGCGCUCCAAUCAGCACCUUUACGCAGCAUUUAUGGCGCUUAUAUCUGUACUGAUCACAGCGUCGGCCUUCGUGCAGCCCGCCGUCAACGCCUAUGCACUCUUCAUGGUGGGUUUGCCAGCGGUGGCGAUGCUGGUAGUGGAGCUGAGGGUGUCGCGAGAGGUCAGUGUGGUCCGCCUGGGCAAGGUCACCUUGGCCGCCCUGGUCUUGGCCGCCACAUCUUGGAUCUGUGACCGUUUCAUGUGUGCCAUGUGGCAGGCGCUGGACCUGACAGUCCUGCACGGCCUGUGGCACGUCCUCAUCUUCAUCACCGCCUACUCAAUGCAGGUCCUCUUCUGCUACUUCCACGCCACGCAGGACGUCCCAGAGUCCCGUCCCGAGCUGCGCUACUGGCCGCGCCGGACCUGGGGACUUCCCUACGUCUACUGCCAGUCACCGAGGCAUGACAAAACACCCUGACCUGUCACUGACAUGCCAGUAGACGCCCCUGUACCACACGUGACCUGACCACCUCCGACUCCUUCCACCUCCGCUGGUCACUUCAUGCACCAAACACACUCGGCCGAGAUGCAUUCAAAACUAGUCACAAGGACCAUGUAAAGUACCUCUUUCCCAGCCGAGUCUCUGUCCAGAAAUUCCAUGGGCAUUAUUGUGCCUGCAGGCGGAGGUGGGUUUGUGAGCGGUGAAUCUGGUGCUAUAGGAGUUAUGAGUACAAGUUAUGAGUGAUGGGUGUCGGUGGGUCCGGAUGGCGUCAAGCCAGAACAUGCAGCUAAUCCGGAUUUGUUAUCCUGUAAUAUGGUUAAUACUUUUCUUUCUUUCUUUCUUUCACUGUAGCAAACAGUCAUUCCAGUUGUUUCCACGUAACCUUCAGGAACAUAUACAUGGUGUACUUGUGUAUGUUGUACUGCAGUGUCUUUGCUAUACAACUUGUCAGUCACUCCACUAGUAUCUACAUAAUCAGUUAUGAAUUAUUAAUUUUUGUAUAUUAUAUACCAGCAUAUAAAGCUUAGUCAUUCACUAUAUAGAGAUUAAGCGAGUAUUUAGCAAAAUGUAUAAUUUAGCCUUGUUUUAGUGACAGCCUUUAAUGUAUAUUUAGACUUGGUCAUUGUAAGGAUAAUUCAUACGACCACUGGUACGCUGUUUUAGACUAGUGACUAAAGUAGAUAUUUUUGUAUUUAAUGUUUAGCAUGUAUUUAUGAAUUGUUAAAUUUGUUUGUCGUAUUGAUGUAAUUAACUUCCUGUAAUUCUUGUCUAAUACUAUAGUUAACCCCUGAGUGUCAUGCGUGUCAAUAUGGACCAAAUUACCCUGUUCCCGCAGGAACUAGAAUGCUUGUGAAGUAUAAUUAAACUCCCAAAUGUUUUGUUAAUUUACAUGUCAAAUGUUCAGAGCUUAAACACCCAUCCCACGAAUCUGAAAAUAAAGGAUUUCAUGGUG